AUGGCCUCAUCACCUUCUUCCUCCAACCAGUCUAUUUCGACCGUCUCUACACAGUAUUCCCACGAAGUCGACGCCGCCCAGAUUCCCACACACAGUGAGAAACAGAGCGAAGACAUCGAGAAGCAAAGUUCAAGUCUACAUCAUUAUGGCCACAAACAAAAGGUGCCUCAUUGGAGGAUUGUGGCUAGUCAGACCCUUAUCACAGACGCCGUUCUCCAUCACGAGUACAAGGGCUCCGGCACCGAAGACGACCCGUAUAUCGUCGAAUUCAUCCCCAAUGACCCUCGCAACCCAAUGGAGUUUUCGCAGCUCAAGAAAUGGGUUCUUACUAUGACAGUUGCCAUCGCAACCCUCGCCGUCGCGUUCGUCUCGUCGGCAUAUUCCGGCAGCGCCAGAGAGGUGAUGCAAGAAUUCCAUAUCGGCGAGGAGGUCUACACACUUGGAGUCUCGUUAUUCGUCCUGGGCUUCGCUCUAGGGCCCCUCCUUUGGGCGCCGCUUUCGGAACUAUAUGGUCGCCAGGUACUGUUUUUCGGCACCUACGCCGUCCUCACAGCAUUCAACGCCGGCGCAGCUGGAGCAAACUCGGCGGCAACCCUCAUCGUUCUUCGAUUCUUUGCUGGCACGUUCGGCUCCUCUCCUCUCACCAAUGCCGGCGGAGUGAUUGCCGACAUGUUUGCCGCUAAUCAGAGAGGCCUGGGCAUGUCUAUCUUCGCCGCCGCCCCCUUCCUCGGUCCGGUCAUAGGUCCCAUUGUUGGAGGCUUCGUGGGUGAGACCAUCGGCUGGAGAUGGAAUGAAGGUCUCAUGGCCUGCUUUACGGGCUCAUUGUGGAUCUUCGCCAGCUUGGUGGUUCCCGAAACAUAUUCGCCCCUGAUCCUCCGGAAACGUGCCAGCGCCCUUUCCAAACGGACCGGCAAAGUCUACGUUUCGAUUCUCGAGAUGAAGCAGGGCAAGGUGACGGCCAAGGCUGCCUUCAAGAAAUCCAUGGCUCGGCCCUGGGCUCUUCUCUUCCUCGAGCCUAUUGUGUUCCUGAUCUCCAUCUAUAUGGCAAUCAUUUACGGCACUUUGUACAUGUGCUUCGGAGCAUUCCCCAUCGUCUACCAGCAGGGACGAGGCUGGUCGCCCGGGAUUGGGGGUCUUUCCUUUCUUGGAGUCGCCGUCGGGAUGUUAACCGGGGUAGUCUACAGUAUUUUCGACAAUAAGCGAUACGCCCGGAUCGAAGAGGAAAAUGACGGCGAGGCUCCGCCGGAAGCUCGUCUCCCACCAGCCGCCGUCGGCGCCGUGGCGCUACCCAUCGGCCUCUUCUGGUUUGCCUGGACGAAUUCACCUUCUAUCCACUGGAUUGUCAGUAUCAUUGGUACCGUGCCUUUCGGGUUUGGUAUGGUACUCGUGUUUUUGGGGUGUAUGAACUACCUGAUCGACGCCUAUACCGUGUAUGCCGCCUCAGUACUGGCGGCCAACUCGGUUUUACGAUCGCUAUUUGGUGCAUCGUUCCCCUUGUUCACCACUUAUAUGUACCAAAACCUCGGCAUCCACUGGGCGUCUUCGAUCCCUGCCUUCCUCGCCCUGGCCUGUACACCGUUUCCAUUCAUCUUCUACAAGUAUGGAAAGCCCAUCAGACUGAAGUGCAAGUAUGCCGGUCAAGCGCAUGACAUCAUGGUCCAGAUGCGCGAGCAAGAGAAGCGUCUCCGGGAAGAAGAGGAGAGAGAGGCUGCCGAAGAAGCUGCCAACAGCGAGUUGAAUCCGGUGGAAACGAGACCAAGUCGCCGACUGAGUCUGGCAGGCAUCAUCCGCACCAGUACUCAUGCUUCGCGCGCCUCUCGUGCCUCUCGUACUUCUCGUGCCUCUCUAGGCAGAGCUAGGACCGAGGAGUUUGGACGGGUGUACAGCCAUUCCAGUCACCCUCACUUCUAG